AUGUGUUCAAACAUCACUGGCGACCUGGAUUUGAACGGCGCAUCUAGCGACGACACUCCAUCAGAUACACGGUCGACUACCAGCUUGUCCUCAACAACCGUAUCAACGGGCACAUUGACAACCGGGAGGCAUCACCUGUUGGUUCUCUCCGGCCACACCGCUGGCUCACUCACACAGGUCUCGGAACGUAUCGUCAAAUAUGCGGAGGGUCAUCCCAACCGCCUUGGCGAUCUGGCCUACACGUUGCGCUCACAGCAUGAACAGCUGGCCUACCGCUCGUACGCCGUUGCGUCAGACGGUGGGACCGAAGUUUCAGUGAAGAUGUCACCUGCGGUGCAGGUAAAGGACAGCAAUCCCGUCUGCAACUUCAUCUUUACAGGACAAGGCGCGCAGUGGGCACGUAUGGGGGCCGAACUCCUAUCCGACUUUCCCGGGUUUCGCAAAUCCAUUCAAGCCAUGGACAAUGCGCUGCAGCACGUUCCGAACCCUCCCCCUUGGACAAUCGAGGCACAGCUUUGUCUUCCUGAGGGGGAAAGUAGAGUGAACGAGCCUGAAUUUGUCCAGCCUCUCUGCACUGCAAUACAAAUUGGCCUCGCCGACGUACUACGAUCGGCAGGCGUCAAGCCUGCCGCAAUUGGCAGUCACUCUGGCGGUGAUGUCGCUGCCGCGUACGCAGCAGGGGCGUUGACGCAAAGGGAAGCCAUCACAAUUGCUUAUUACAUUGGUCAGGUCUCAAAGGAUCAUUCACGAAACGGCGGUCUAGUUGCAGUCAGACUUGGUCGAGAAGAUGUGACACCUUUUUUGCCAGCACACGUCUCGGAAGGGGUGGCUAUCGUUGCGUGCGACAACAGCCCCAACAGUGUCACUCUCUCUGGUGACAACGACACGCUGGAGACGGUGAUGCAAAAGAUCAAGGCUAGCAAGCCCGACUGCCUCGUCCGUCGUCUCCAAGUCGACAAGGCUUAUCACUCGGAGCUCAUGAAUGAUGUCGCCGGUUACUACGAGGGCGUUCUAGCUCCCCUGUUGUCACCAGCAACGCCGAAAAUUCCUUUAUAUUCCAGCGUGACGGGAAAGCGCAUAACUACGGAAGAGCCAGUCGGUGCUUCGCAUUGGAGGAAAAACCUUGCGAGUCCCUGCUAUUUUUACUCAUCUAUUCAGCAGAUGCUUGAGGCCACAAUGGAGCCGUCAAAGCCGCUGGUGCUCCUUGAAGUUGGCCCUCAGCCAGCGUUGCCAGGGCCAAUUCGAGACAUCAUAAAAGGCAUGGGCGCAGAGUUCUCCGGGACGGCACUCACCUACGCUACCACGUUGGUUCGAAAACAGCAUGCGACGCAGGCAUUCUUGUCUUCACUUGGCCAACUUCAUCAAGUAUCUGUCUCCGUCGACCUUGAGAACAUUGCAAGAAGCAUGGCUCCCCCGGGUGCAGAAUACCAACCAAGUGUGUUGAGUGACUUGCCUCGAUCUGAACCUCCUCAAACUAUUGAACAUGAGGUUUUCGAAUUCAGCUCGGAUGAGGAUGAAGAUUAG